AUGUACUUUGACUACUGCGAAUCAAUCAAGAAACUGAGAAUUUUGGAAAACCAGUAUUAUGUGGAGAUGUUUCAAGCCAGAAAAAAAUCUUACUUCCGGGAUCAAACGUCCAUAGAGGAUCGUGCUGUAAACACAGCGCUAUUAAGACGAGCUAUUGAACAGCUCAAUGAGAAUAAUGACAUAUUGAGAUGUCUCAGAAGCAUGGGGCAAGCCAAUGCUAAUUACUUAAGACGCCAAAUCGGUCCACCUCCAUCACCAUAGCCUUCAUCCCAGUGGCGUAAUUGAGAAUGUUUCAUGGGGGGGGGAUCAAAAUAAAUUUGUAUGGCAAAUUAUAAUAAUUAAUUUGACAUAAUAAUUAUUGAAUAAACUGCAGUGACUGCAAUUAAAUUUUAAUAC